AUCCCGUCGCGUGUGUAGUAUGACGGUGGCUAUAUAUAUCCGCCGCGCCGUCUUUUGUUUUUUCCUUUCUCCUGAGUCCGUCGUCGCGUGAACUUCAAUCAACUUUUAACGUAUAAAAUGGCCACCACGUGCUGCCGCCCCCUCGUGGGCGUGUACGAGGCGGGCGCACCCUCCAAGACCAGGGUGUCGCUGCCAGCGGUCUUCCGCGCCCCAAUCAGGCCAGAUGUGGUGAACUUCGUGCACGACCAGAUGGCCAAGAACACACGCCAGCCCUACGCCGUCAACAAGGACGCUGGUCACCAGACUUCAGCCGAGUCCUGGGGUACUGGUCGUGCUGUGGCCCGUAUCCCCCGUGUCCGUGGUGGUGGUACUCAUCGCUCUGGUCAGGGUGCCUUUGGUAACAUGUGCCGUGGUGGUCGUAUGUUUGCCCCAACCAAGAUCUGGCGCCGCUGGCACCGCCGCGUUGGCGUCAACCAGAAGCGUUACGCCAUGUGCUCUGCCAUUGCUGCCUCAAGCAUUCCAGCUCUGGUUAUGUCAAAGGGUCACAUGAUCCAGGAAGUGCCUGAGGUGCCCCUAGUUGUUAGCAACAAGGCCCAGGAGCUGACAAAGACCAAGGAGGCUGUUGCUCUCCUGAGGCAGCACCAUGCUUGGACCGAUGUUCUCAAGGUGUACAAGAGUCAGAGGUUCCGUGCUGGCAGGGGUAAGAUGCGCAACCGCCGUCGCAUCCAGAGGAAGGGACCUCUGGUCAUCUACAACAAUGACCAGGGCCUGACCAGAGCCUUCCGCAACGUACCUGGUGUCGAGACCAUCUGUGUAGACAAGCUGAACCUGUUGAAGCUUGCUCCUGGUGGCCAUGUGGGGAGAUUCUGUAUCUGGACUGAGGAUGCUUUCCGCAAGCUGGAUGCUCUCUACGGAACUUGGCGCAAGGAGGCUAAGCACAAGAAGGGAUACAAUCUGCCAGUGUCUAAGAUGACCAACACAGAUUUGUCCAGGCUCCUGAAGUCAGAUGAAAUCAAGUCUGUCAUUAGGAAGCCAAACAAGACCAUUGUCCGUAGCAAGGUGAAGCCAAACCCAUUGACUAACUACCAGGCCAUGCUGGAACUCAACCCCUUCCACCGUGUUGAGAAGAAACUGGCCCAGGCUGUCGAAGCCAAGCACAUCGAGGCAAAGAAGGCCGGAAAGCCCAAAGUGGAAAAGCCAGUCAAGAAGGAAAAGCCAAGAAAGAAGAAGGCGAAGAAGGGUGUGAAGAGGCUCAGGAAGCAGCACCCAAGGAGCAAGUCUGGCAAGAAGGACAAGACCAAGGCCAAGGCCAAGUAAAGCAAACCAGGCAAUGAUUUGAUUAACAAUAAACCGUGCAAGAA